GCGAGGGCCACGCGCCCGGCCCCGCGCCCUCCUUCGGCCACAUUCUCCGCCUCGGAUCCCGGACCGGCACGAUGCGGUCUUCCUUGGCUCCGGGUGUCUGGUUCCUGCGCACCUUCUCCAGGGACAGCUGGUUCCGAGGCUUCAUCCUGGUGCUGACCUUCUUCAUCUACACCUGUUACCACAUGUCCAGGAAGCCCAUCAGUGUUGUCAAGAGCCGUCUGCACCAGAACUGCUCGGAGCUGAUCAAUCCCAUGAACGACAGCCACAGUCUCAAUGACACAACGUGGUGUGACUGGGCUCCAUUCGAUAAGAACAACUACAAGGAGUUACUGGGGGCCGUGGACAAUGCCUUCCUUGUGGCUUACGCCAUCGGCAUGUUCAUCAGUGGAAUUUUUGGGGAGCGGCUCCCCCUCCGUUACUACCUUUCAGCUGGAAUGUUGCUCAGCGGCCUUUUUACCUCGCUCUUCGGCCUCGGAUAUUUCUGGAACAUCCAUGUGCUCUGGUACUUUGUGCUUGUCCAGAUCUGCAACGGACUUGUCCAGACCACAGGCUGGCCCUCUGUGGUGACCUGCGUUGGCAACUGGUUCGGAAAGGGAAAGCGGGGGCUCAUCAUGGGCAUCUGGAACUCACACACAUCCGUGGGUAACAUCCUGGGCUCCCUGAUCGCUGGCGUCUGGGUGAAUGAGCACUGGGGCCUGUCCUUCGUGGUGCCGGGCAUCAUCACCGCUGCCAUGGGUGUCCUCACCUUCCUCUUUCUCAUCGAAUACCCAGAAGAUGUGGACUGCGCGGCUCCCCAGCACCACGCUAGUGAUGGGCUGGAAGAGAACCCAGACAGCCCCGAGGACCUGGGGAAUGGCCCCUGCACCAACAAGGAGAGCAGCCUGGAGAGCGCAGGCAGGUGCUCCAAGGAGCCAAGGGCAGAGCCUGCGGCCAUCAGCUUCCUGGGGGCGCUCCGCAUCCCGGGUGUGGUGGAGUUCUCCUUGUGUCUGCUCUUUGCCAAGCUGGUCAGCUACACCUUCCUCUACUGGCUGCCUCUCUACAUCUUCAACGUGGCUCACUUUAGCGCCAAACAGGCUGGGGACCUGUCGACCCUCUUCGAUGUUGGUGGCAUCAUGGGCGGCAUCAUGGCAGGGCUCAUCUCCGACCACACCAACGGCAGGGCCACCACCUGCUGUGUCAUGCUGAUCUUGGCUGCCCCCAUGAUGUUCCUGUAUAACAACAUUGGUCAGAACGGGAUUACCAACUCUAUAGUAAUGCUGAUCAUUUGUGGGGCCCUGGUCAAUGGUCCUUAUGCACUCAUCACCACUGCCGUUUCCGCUGACCUGGGAACUCACGAGAGCCUGAAGGGCAAUGCAAAGGCACUCUCCACUGUCACGGCCAUCAUCGACGGCACUGGGUCCAUAGGUGCGGCUCUGGGGCCUCUGCUGGCUGGACUGAUUUCCCCCACAGGCUGGAACAACGUCUUCUACAUGCUCAUCUCUGCCGAUGUUCUGGCCUGCUUGCUCCUCUGCCGGUUGGUGUACAAAGAAAUCCUUGCCUGGAAGUCAUCUUUGAACAGAGACAGAGGCUCUAAUUUGGCCCUAACCCACCCGCGGUAGUAUUUUCCUCAAGUCCCAUGACUUUUGUAUAAAGAGAUAUGAAGCCCUGAUUCGAAGAGAAGCACGGAGGGCCCCAGCUGAUUCCCAAAGUGCUCUCCCCCGACCUCCGCGCAGGGACAAGACAAUGGAACCCACCACAGACGGGCUGAUGGGCCUCUGAGGGGCUGGGAGGUUCUCCGAGGGAAGGGGCCUGCCAGCAGGAGGACUCACAGCCCUGAGCUCCAGAAGCUGCAAAGCAGAAGGGUUGGGGAUCAGAGCUGAGUGGUGUCUCCAGCUUGGUAAGGGAAGGAUAUGCUCUGACUCUUGCUUGUUCAGAUUCCAAGACAGGAGGCAGGGGGUGGACAUGGGCCAAGGCCUGGCAAUGGUGUGUCUCUCCUUCCUGUGUGGAAAGUGAGCCUCGGUGCUCAGCCUAUACCUGUCCGUGGAUUUCUGACCCUAUUUGAGAGCCACCGAGCCUCGCUUCCUUCCUUUGUCCAUAAGCCAGCUUUCUCGUGUAUUUCCCAUGUUGGAACCUCUUCUACCCUGCAUUUGAUCCUGACUCCUGACCCGAGUCGAUUAAAGUGUUAUCACUGUA